AUGGAAGUGAUUCUAGACUUCACCAAGGAACUUGAUGUGUCGGUUUUCGACCAAGUGGUCACGUCCUUUUAUGCUGGAGGACCUGAUCAGAAAAGAGCACAAGAAGUGUUGAAUCAAUUCCAAGAACACACUGAUAGUUGGACAAGAGCUGAUACUAUUUUGACUAAGAGCAGUAAUGCUCAAUCAAAAUAUAUUGCCUUGAGUUGUCUCAACAAAGCAAUUCAAUAUAGAUGGAAAACGCUUCCUGAAAAUGAACGGUUGGGGAUCCGGAAUUUUAUUGUUCAAAUGAUCAUUUCAAUGUGUGAUGAUGAUCAUACUUUUGAACAUGAAAGGGCUUUGAUUAAUAAGAUUGAUUUGACUUUAGUUUCCGUUUUGAAACAAGAAUGGCCUCAUAAUUGGCCUCUGUUUAUCCCCGAGAUUGUGUCGUCUUCAAGAAGUUCAUUUAAUGUUUGUGAAAACAAUAUGAUCAUCUUGAAGUUAUUAAGUGAAGAGGUUUUCGAUUUCAGUCAAGAUCAGUUGACGCAAGCCAAGGCAACUCAUUUAAGGCAAAGUAUGCAAUCGGAAUUUCAAGAAAUCUUCAAAUUAUGUUAUGAAGUACUUGAUAAAACAACUAAACCAAGUUUGAUCAUUUCAACCUUAAAUUGUUUGUUGAAAUAUAUUCAAUGGAUCCCCAUUGAAUAUAUAUUUCAAACUAACUUAUUAGAAUUAUUGGUUAAGAAGUUAUUGGAACCAGCACAAUUUAGAUCGUACACAAUUAAAUGUUUGACUGAAGUUUGGCAAUUGAAAUCAUCUCUGCAUGAUGAUCAAAUUGUUUUGACGUUUAGAGGUACUAUGGAAAUCAUUUAUCAGAUUAUCCCCAUUGAAACAAACUUAAGGGAUUCUUAUAAAUUGGCAAAUUCAAAUGAUCAAUCUUUUUUACAAGAUUUCGCUCUUUUCUUGUGUACCUUUUUAUCCAAUCAUUUAUCAUCAUUAGAAAAGACCCCUGAUUUGGAACCACUUUUGAUCAACUCCUUAUCAUACUUGAUUGAAUUGUCUCGCAUUGAUGAAAGAGAAUUAUUUAAAACUUGUUUGGAUUUGUGGUCUUCGUUUGUUCAUGAUUUGUUUGAAGAAAUCGAACGGGUCCCUGCAUCAGAACGGAAUCCCUUGGCUCAAAUGAGUUAUCAACGGAAUGUUAGACCUACCUCAAAUGGCGCUCCAAACCCUGCUAUUUUGGAAAAAUACCCUUUGAGACAACAUAGAUAUAAAGACAUUUUAUCAAGAUUGAGACUAGUUCUUAUUGAAAACAUGGCCAGACCUGAAGAAAUCACCAUUGUGGAAAACGAUGAAGGUGAAAUUGUUCGUGAAUUCAUUAAGGAUAGUGAUACCAUUUCCUUAUAUAAAUCCAUGAGAGAAUGUUUAGUUUAUUUGACUCAUUUGAAUGUUGUGGAUACUGAAAGGAUCUUAAGUGAUAAAUUGGCUAAACAAAUUGAUGGUUCCGAAUGGUCAUGGCACAAUAUUAAUACCUUAUGUUGGGCCAUUGGAUCUAUUUCUGGUACUAUGAAUGAAGAUAUGGAAAAAAGAUUCCUUAUUGCCGUUAUCAGAGAUCUUUUAUCAUUAACAGAAAUGAAAAGAGGUAAAGAUAACAAGGCAGUGGUUGCUUCUAACAUCAUGUAUAUUGUUGGACAAUAUCCAAGAUUCCUUAAAGCUCAUUGGAAAUUUCUUAAAACAGUUGUCAACAAGUUAUUUGAGUUUAUGCAUGAAACACAUGAAGGUGUCCAAGAUAUGGCAUGUGAUACCUUUAUCAAGAUCACCACCAAGUGCAAACGUCACUUUGUUGUUGUUGAACCACAAGAAAGUGAACCAUUUAUCAAUGAAAUCAUCAAUAGGAUCCAAUCAAUCACAGAAGAUUUACAACCCCAACAGGUCCACACUUUUUAUGAAGCUUGUGGGAUCAUUAUAUCUGCUCAAACUGUUGCUGAACAAAGAGAAAAGUUGUUAUCUCAAUUAAUGGAGUUACCAAAUACUGCUUGGAGAGCUAUCAUUGAUCAAGCUAGUAAGGAUCCUCAAUUAUUAGUGAACACCGAGAGUGUCAAGAUUAUUGCCAAUAUCAUCAAAACAAAUGUUGCUGUAUGUAAGGCAUUAGGACCUGGAUUUUAUCCUCAGUUAGGCUUGAUGUAUGUUGAUAUGCUUCUGUUGUAUAAGGCGGUUUCAACUAUGAUUUCUGAUGCUGUUUCAAAGGAGGGGAUCAUUGCUACCAAGACCCCUAAGGUUAGAGCAUUAAGAACCAUUAAAAAGGAAGUGCUUAAAAUGGUUGAAACUUAUAUUAAUAAGGCUACCAAUUUGGAUGAAAUAGUUCGUGAUUUAGUUCAACCAUUAUUCGGAGCAGUUUUAGAUGAUUAUAAGCUGAAUGUUCCUGAUGCUAGGGAUGCCGAAGUGUUGAAUUGUAUGACAGCUGUUGUGAUCCAUGUGGGUCAUUUAAUUCCUGAAGGAGUGGUGUUCAUAUUACAGAAUAUCUUUGAAUGUACUUUGGAUAUGAUCAAGAAUGAUUUUGUUGAAUAUCCAGAACAUCGUGUCGAGUUCUACAAGUUGUUGAGAGCCAUCAAUGAACAUUCCUUUUCUGCGUUGUUACAAUUGAGUGGUGAAGCCUUCCAAUCUUGGAUCAACGCAGCAUUAUGGGCAUUUAAACAUUCAAACAGAGAAGUGGAAGAAAAUGGAUUGCAUUUGAUGUUGAAACUAUUACAGAAUGUUGAAAACGUUGGUGAUACUCCCUUCACUCGUGCAUUCUAUGAAAACUUUUAUUUCCAAGUUCUUUCUGAUACUUUCUAUGUUGUUACUCAACCAGAUCAUAAAUCAGGAUUCACAUUCCAAGCUGAAGUGCUUGCUCAAUUAAUCCAUCUUGUACAAGAUAAUGUCAUCAAGUACCCAUUGUACACUCCAAAGCAAGCACCAGAGAACACUUCCAAUUAUGAAUAUUUGAAACAAUAUUUGGGAAAUUUGUUAUUAUCUGCAUUCCCUAACUUGCAACAACUGCAAUUGACCAAUUUUCUUAACGUUUUAACCGCUGUAUAUGGAGACUUGAUUAAAUUCAAGAGUACUUUAAGAGAUUUCCUUGUACAAAUUAAGGAAUUUGGUGGUGACCCAACUGAUUAUUUGUUUGAAGAAGAUAAACAAUUAGAACGGGAAGAUCAAAAUAGAAUCCAGAGAGAACGUGCUCUUCAAAUUGGUGGGUUAAUUAAACCUUCUGAAAUGGAUGACUAA